UUGCCUCGUUUUCGUUUGGCUCUGUAGAAGACGGUGCUAACUCAGCAAUGGCAUCCUCCUUCAAAGCUGAAUUCACUCUUGAGCAGAGACUCUCGGAAUCGCGCGACAUGACUGCAAAGUAUCCCGAUCGAAUUCCGGUGAUUGCUGAAAGAUAUUGCAAAACGGACCUUCCCCAAAUGGAGAAGAAAAAGUAUCUGGUUCCUCGAGACAUGUCAGUUGGGCAAUUCAUUCACAUCUUAAGCAGCAGACUUCGUCUGGCCCCUGGAAAAGCUCUCUUUGUGUUUGUCAACAAUACCCUACCUCAGACAUCCACCACCAUGGACUCUGUCUACGAAUCCUUCAAAGACGAUGAUGGGUUUCUAUACAUGUGCUACAGCAGCGAGAAAACCUUUGGCUUCGAUGGCAUUCGUUCUGAUUUGUGAGGAUUAGAACAACAGGGUUUCUUAUGCUGUAAAUUGUUCAGCGUGGACUUGGAUAUUCCCCCAAUGAAUAUGUAGUUUGUUUCCAAGCUUCGCUCUGGCGAAUCCUGUAUAUAUGUGUGUAAAUUCUCAUAUAGUGCAUUUGGUACGAACUUGUAUGCAAGCGACAGAUAUAUUACAGGUUGAUUAUCUGAUAAUUCAAUGUCAGUGUCAUGACUUGGCUUGAAAACUGAAUAUCGCCUGUUCGAUGUAUGGUUAUCUGGUGACCUCGCAUUGCGGUCACCUUGACAUAGUUGUUGUAGUCAUGAAGGAUCUAAUACGAGUUUUUAGGGCCUUCACAUAGUUAUUAUA